UCAGUUAUUUUCUCUCAGUCAGUCAAAAGCAGAGAAACACGAAAGGUAAACAGACAGUUAGAGUGAGGAUUUUGGAAGGAUUUCGGAAAAGGAGAAAAGAAGAGAAAACAAAAUCAGAAAAAAAUAAAAUAACAGAAGUGAACAAGUGAGACAUUUAGAAUAACUCUCCCGUCGAAGAGAUAACAUUUUUAAAGAAUAAAAGGUAUGAUUUACUUUUUUCUGCUUAAUUAUGAUUUUUGAAUUAUUAUUUGUGCUUUUAUUUAUUAUUAAAUCUGGGAGUGAAAAGCGUGUUCAUACAAGGCCGCCAGAAGCUACCAUGGAGGACACCAUCAGCGGAGGGAGCCAGCUCGACGAGCCAAGGGGAACCAAUGGCCAAGUGGGCGACAGCGGCAGCAGUGAGACCGACGCCGGGGGAAUGGGGCAGACGGGUGUGGGUGGCGUGCCUGAAGGCUUUGCGAGAAUGUCAGUAGACCGUGAUGCUGUGUGCUACAACAUGAGCCACAAGCAGCGCGGCCACUGCGUCAUCUUCAACCACCGCCACUUCGACCAGCACACAGGCCUUGGGGAGAGGAAUGGCACAGACCGUGACCGUGACCAGGCACAGGAACUCUUCAAGAACCUAGGGUUCCAAGUGACUGUCUACAACGACCUCACUGUGAAAGAGGUCAAGAAGAAAAUAAAGGGCAUCGCUGUCGACGUAAACCACUCGGAAUGCGAUGCGCUGGCAGUGGUGUUCAUGUCACACGGGGAGAAGAAUGUUCUUUGGGGCCGUGAUGACACAUUUAAAUCCGAUUACCUGUUUGAAAAUUUCAAAGCCGACCGGUGCCCUACCCUCGCCGGAAAGCCGAAGCUCUUCUUCAUCCAGGCAUGCCGUGGUGAGAAAUUGGACGCAGGCACGACCCUCCAGCGGGACGAGCUUGACUCCGGCUGCCAGUCCUCUUAUAAGAUCCCCAACUCGGCCGACUUCCUGGAGUGCUGGUCCACCAUACCUGGUCACUACUCUUGGCGUAACCCCGCCAAUGGCUCGUGGUUCAUUCAGUCGCUGGUGAAAGUGCUGACCCAAGACAGUGCGCGCGAGGACCUACUCUCCAUGAUGACCAGCGUGAACCGAAACUUGACGCUGAACUUCGAGUCCUAUUGCCCAAAUGAGCAGGACAUGCAUGGGAAAAAGCAAGCUGCCUACAUUAUCUCAACCCUGAUGCGAAAGGUGUACUUUAAUAGUGACUGCUCCCCGGGCGUAGGGAAGUAGGAGGAGGUCUGACGCAAUGGUCAGAGAUGCAAUAGAAGCGGCCACGAGCUGAAGAGGUGCAGGAACUAGAGCUUGGGAGGUGCACUGGCGGCCCCCACUACCAGGGAGGAGCCUAUGAUUGCUCAUUCGCAUGUGCUAAGAAACCCUCUUUUAUUACAUCCACUAUAUAGUUUUAAGAUUUUUCAAUUAUUUCUUUUCAUAAACUGCUUAGAGCAAGUCUGUUUAAGUUUAAAUCCCGGGACCUUAACGUGGGAGAAGAUACCGCCCUCUACUAAUAAGAAUAUAGCCUUGACCUUUUCUGACGUGAGAUUUACCUCGUUUGUGCGUGCUUGCACAAGUCCCGAAAGGUCAGGUCAGGUCAGAGAGCAUUGUGUGACCCGGCAUUGGAGUAGAGCGACAGUUCUUUAUUUUUAAUUUCUUUAUUAUUGUGUUUUUUAUUUCUUAAUAAGGCCACGUGAUCACCUCUGCGGGCUUUAGAAGGUUUUAAGAUUUCCUCUGUAUUUUAACUUUUGAGGUUUUCUAGUUGUGAAUAAUAUUAUCUCUUCAAGUUCGUGUUCUUAUAGUUUUAAAGCUCGUGGAAUGUCUUAUGGUAUUUGCAUGCUUUACUAUGAAUAAAUGUAAUUAAGAUUAUCUUUCAUGUUUCAAGAUGUCUCCACAUGCAGUCCCUCACUUCAGAAAGGUAUUAUCAAAAUCUAAAGAAUCCUAAGUUCAGAUUAAGACGGGAUGCAUCUGGAUUAAAAUAAAUUACAGUAAACUAUAGAUAUGACUUAUAGAUAAGUUAUGAUAAUAAAGAUGGAAAAUUGAGAUGACAUUCUGUGGAAUGUAUUAGUAGACAUACACAUAUUUAUGAUUAAGUGUGUAUGUAUAUAUAUCUGUAUCCACAUCUUUGUCUAUCUAUCUAUAUCCAUCUAUUAAUCUAUCUAUAUGU